GGUAAACUCAGAAUUAAGCUGAACACAAAAUGAAGAUAUUCUGAACAACUCUGGGAACCAAACAGCACUGGAUGUGUGUGUCUGACCGCAGGCGGAGGAGAAGAUGAUGAAGAUGAUGAUGAUGGUGGUGGUGGUGGUGCUGGGCGUGGCUCCGCUCGUGCAGGGGGUCCCUGGGUUCCAGGUGCGUCUGGUGGGCAGCAGCAGCAGGUUCGAGGGGCGUCUGGAGGUGCUGUAUAACGGUGUGUGGGGAACGGUGUGUGACGACGAGGUCAGCAUCAGUCUGGUCCAGGUGGUGUGUGUGGAGCUGGGCUUCUCUCGAGGACUCACCUGGGCUCACAGCGCAAGGUUCGGAGAGGGCCACGGUCCGAUCUGGAUGGAUAACGUCCGGUGUUCGGGAGGCGAGAGCUCUCUGUCCGAGUGUCGGUCGAACGGCUGGGGUGUGAGCGACUGCACUCACGCUGAAGAUCUGGGGGUCAUCUGCAGUCCAGAUCCACCCCCCCAGGGUCACGUCCCCCGUUACCCAGAACCCCUUCACCUCGGAUCUCUAACCUGGUCUCGAACACUCCUCUGCGUGGGCAUGAGAUCGGAACGGGUUCGAGAGCGCCGUCACCCCGCGGGGACACCAGAUCCCAGACUUCCUGCGCAGCAGAGCCUCCUACAGGAGAGCACAGGAAGUGACGCCCGCUCAGACCACCAGAAACCCUGA